CGCUGCGAUAAAGAUGAUCGACAUUACCCCAACCCCAGACAUGUCGUACCCCAACAGCAUGGCAGUCGCACCUUCUCCAAACGUGCAAUCUGCUUCUUCUUUCCUGCAUCGAACGUGAGUACUUACAUGUCUUAUCAAGCUACAUUGAUGAGUAUGCCGCCACACCUUGUGACAUGGGUGCCGUUGCACUGCGAUAGCCAAUCCUUGCCCGCGCCAUAUGACUGAACGAUAUCGUGGGGCAAGACAUGGUAGGUCGAUAGCUCUAGAUAUAUUGGUUCCCCUUUCCCACUCUAUGUUCUGGCAGGCGUCUUUAUCUUCGAGCAAAUAUACAGCAUGUCGUCUUCAGCACAGAUCUUGCCCGCAGGUGCCGGUUAUGGCGUCGUCAUUGGAGUCGGCUUCUUCUUCGCCUUUCUCAUGAUGGGAAUUUCGCAUCUACAAAACAAGUACACAAGCUUCAGCACCAAGACAAGUGAGGAGUUCAACACUGCUUCUCGCAGCAUCAAGCCUGGCCUUAUUGCCUCUGGUAUCGUGUCGGCGUGGACGUGGGCUGCUACAUUGUUGCAGAGCUCCACGGUAGCAUAUCAAUAUGGUGUUGCCGGGCCUUUCUGGUACGCUGCUGGCGCAACAGUCCAAAUCCUCAUGUUUUCCAUCCUGGCGUGCAAAGUCAAGAUGAAUGCACCACGCGCCCACACAUACCUUGAGAUCGUCCAGGCCCGCUAUGGGAGUGCCGCCCAUAUCACCUUCUUGUUCUUCGCCUUCGUAACGAAUAUUCUGGUCGGCUCGCAAUUACUGCUUGGUGGCUCAGCCGUUGUCACAAGCUUGACAGGCAUGAACGUCUACGCCGCAAUCUUCCUCAUCCCAGUCGGCGUCUGCGCAUAUGUCGUCCUCGGUGGUCUACGUGCGACUUUCCUCUGCGACUACAGUCAUACUUUGAUCUUGAUGAUCAUCAUCCUGUACUUCAUGUUCAACGCCUAUGCGACCAGUGAUCUUAUUGGCUCACCUGGGGAGAUGUACGAGCUGCUCAAAAAAGCAGCAGUGCAGAGACCCGUAGAGGGUAACGUGGAUGGUUCUUACAUGACACUGAAAUCCAACUACGCGUUGAUCUUUGGUGUCAUCCAGCUUUGCUCAGGAAGUGGCACUGUGUUCCUGGAUCAAGCUUACUGGCAGCGUGCCAUUGCUUCUCGACCUGCUACUGCUGUUAGAGCAUACAUUCUGGGUGGUAUCGCUUGGUUCGCCAUUCCUUUCGGAUUCUCCACCACUCUGGGCCUUGCAGCUGUUGCACUCACCGACAAUCCUCGCUUCCCUACUUUCCCUGGAGUCCCAACAUCCAGCGAUAUCUCCGCCGGACUCGCAGCAUCAUAUGCAGCACAAGCACUACUGGGUAAGGGUGGCGCAGUAGCUCUACUCAUCGUCCUGUUCAUGGCCGUCACCUCCUGCGCAUCUGCCGAACUUAUCGCCGUAUCCUCUCUCCUCACCUUCGAUGUCUACAAACGAUACAUCCGCCCGACCGCCUCGCCCUCAAGUCUCAUCUUCGUCUCUCACGCCAUGAUCUGUGCCUUUGGUCUCACAAUGGCCGUCUUUGCCUGCAUCUGGAAUGCCAUUGGCGUCGACCUCGGCUGGCUGUUCUUGGUAAUGGGUCUCCUCAUCGGCGGCGCCGUCUUCCCCGCCGCUUUCGCCAUCACCUGGCGCGGUCAAUCUGCCGCUGGAGCCAUCAGUGGCGCCAUUGUCGGUUUGAUCGUUGGUAUCGCAGCCUGGCUCGCUGUAGCAAAAGUCUACUUUGGCGAAGUCACCGUCGCAACCACUGGCACCGAAUACGCAACCCUAGCAGGCAAUCUCGCAGCUAUAAUGACCGGCCUCAUCGUCACCGUAACCGUCUCUCUCAUAAAACCGCAAAACUUCGACUGGGCGAUUACAAGAAGCAUUAAUGCCGAAUCCGCAGAUCCAAUCGUGGAAUCACAAUUACAGAAGAAACAAAUGCAUCAGGAAGAUAAACUCAACACUUCCACCGCCGUCAACCCCAGCGAAGAGGAAAAGGCACAGGAGAACGAGAAAAAUACCUCCACCUCCAAUUCCUUCUCCGAACCCCCACCACCACCCACCCUCUCCACCGAAACCGACACCGAGCGCGCCGCCGACUUGCAAUUAGAAGAAUCACCAUCAUCCCUCCGUGGAGCUUUUAAACUCGCUUGUAUCGCUUCCUUCCUGCUAACAUUCAUCAUGGAUUUCUUACUUCCUAUGCCCAUGUUCUUCAGUCAUUACGUUUUCUCCAAAGGCUUUUUUACCGCUUGGGUGGUGAUAUCUUUUAUCUGGGUGUUUGUUAGUACGGGGAUUAGUGUUGUGUUGCCUGUAGUGGAGACGGCGGGAUUUUUGAAGAAGUUUGCUGGAGAUGUUUUUGGAGGGAAGAAAGGAGGGAAAGUGUGAGAGUGAUGGUGGGGUGAUGCGGAUGGGAAUUUUGGGAGUGGAGUAGAUGGUUAGAUGAUCUGGAUGAUUUA